AUGGAAAAAAAACACGUAGAUAAUCCACGAGAUGAUAACUUCCUGCCGGUUGGAAGAAACAGUUCUGCGUACAUCAAGCGCUGCGGACAGAUAAAGCGGCGAACGUAUGACCAAGUUGAUGAACCGAGUAACUUGGAAACAGCAGGCAGUACAACGAAGACGAUGGAACCAGCACAGUCGCCUGAUGUGAUUGGGACUAGCGCAGGGGACUUAUCCAAAAGUGUAAUAGACUCGAAUGCAGUUCAGGCCCUUAGACAAGCGAACGAGUGA